AUGCUACCUAAUAAUAUAUACUGUAUAUUAAAAAAAAGGAAAAUAGCAAAAAUUUUAAAAUAUUAUGAAAUUUAGAGGGCGCUGUUGUAAUUUCGUCUGAUAAUAAAUAAUGAGAAUAAGCAGAAUCCAUAUUUCGCGGGAAGAAAAAAAUCUAGGAAAAUCGGACAAGACAGACCAGAAAAGAUGAUGUAGAGGUCAAAGAGUUUAAGUUGUUCAGAAAUACACUGGUAUACCAUUAAGUUCAACUUUUUCAGUUAUGCGCUAGAUUUUUUUUAGUAAGGUCUAGAUAUACGGGAAACCAGUAAACCAUAGGGUAGCAGCACCUCUGGUUAAAGCUAUCUUGCUAAUUUUACAGGGGAAUCUCAUGUGAACGAAAGGUUAACGUGAUGAGACAGGAAGUGAUCACUGGAUUUUUUCCAGGGCAACUCCGACAGUUCUAAUGUUAUCAACAGCUUUCCAAUACAGAUGUCUUCUAACACUACUACAGCAAUCAACAUGUAGGGCUAGACAUUCACUCUCCGUAAGUCAGAAACAUGUGAGCAGAUUGGCAUCAAGUUCUUCAAGCAAUCUAACCAGGCACUUGGUAAACUCCAAGAAUCUUAUUGAGAAACACACAGUAGUAUCAACCAAUCACCUGUCUCCAUCGAUAAAGCUUCGUCUCAUUACACCGGAAUGUCCGUUAUGGUACAGUGGGACUGAUGAUUGCCCCUUCAAUGAGCCUUAUUGGGCAUUUUAUUGGCCUGGGGGUCAAGCUUUGACCAGGUUCAUCCUAGAUCAUCCUGACAUGUUCCGUGGAAAGUCUCUCCUGGAUGUUGGCUGUGGGUGCGGUGCAUCGGCGAUUGCUGGAGCCAUGGUUGGAGCAAGGACGGUGUUGGCCAAUGACAUUGACCCAGUGGCAAUUGAUGCUGUGCGAUUGAAUAUGCUUCUCAAUAAUGUAACCUUGGAAACCUCAUCUGAAAACCUUAUUGGACAUCAUUACACAAAUUUGGAUGUUGUUUUGUUGGGAGAUAUGUUCUAUGAUAAGGAUUUCUCUAACAUGCUCAAUGAUUGGUUGAAAGAAUUGGCAGCAAGAGGAACAACAAUUCUGGUUGGUGACCCAGGAAGGGUUUAUCUUAGGGACCAUCCUAUCAGAAGCAAGCUUUUAAAGUUGAUGGACUAUGAAUUACUUGAACAAUGCAAACGAGAAAACAAUGGGUUGAGUAAUGGGUAUGUCUGGCAGUUUCAAAGUAAUGAGUAGUUAUGUUUUCAGGAAUGCAAUUUCAGUGCUAAGUGGAAGAUUUCCGUAGUACCUGAUUUAUUCCAAAUUACACAUGCUGUAAUUAAAGAGAAAACAACUGCCGUGGAAUGUGCCCCCACCAAUACUGAAUAUAGGUUUUGAAAAGGGGAUGCUUGGUAUAGAAAUAUUACAUCCACUGAACAUAGGCAAAGUACAAAACUAUAUCGAUUUUUACGACUACACCAUAAUUGGUUGUUAACGCUAAAGUAACUUACUUUGCCAUUUAUUUCCAUAAAUUUACUAUUAUUUCUUUCAUGUUUUUCAAGAACAAGAAGGUGUGGGAGUAUUUAGGUACGCCAUUGCCCACCGCAAUCAUUUAUAGCUCCAUCAUUGAAUUUUAAGUUAAACUACUGUACAAAACAAGAACUCUCAUUAAGUACUUGGCCUGUAAACAUCUAGCAAUAAAUAGGCAAUGCAAUAAAGAAUUCCAUCUACUGUAUAAAAAGGAUAUAAAGUUUCAUUGCAUUUUUCAAAUAGUUUGCUUUAUAUUCAGGACAAAAUUGAAUAUACUGUACUUGUACCACUUCAUACAUAGUGACUAUGGGUUUUGGUUGUUUUUUUUCCAGAUUAAAAACAUAGAAUUACAUUGAAACUUUUAAUUAUAUUUGUUGUGUUUUGUCUAAUUUAAGUUAAAAUAAAUAUUAUUUUAUAUUCAAUACACAAACAGAAGAAAACAAACGUGAGACAAUGUAAAAGAUUACAAAUUUAUUAAACUUCAACAAAAUGAUAAAUUUCUACUAUUUGUGCUUUUUAACAUUAGUACAAGUAUCUAUUAAAUAAAGAAUGUAACUGUUUAUAUUAUAUAUUUAAAAAAACAAUUAAAUAUUAUAUAAUUUAUAAAUUAUAAUUUAAACAAGUGAAUCUGCAGUCAAUGUAUUCCAGUGCCUUUUUUAUCGAUUUACUGCAUUACAAUCUGAUGAUGAUGCACUAAGGAACACUUAACACCUGUGAGGUGGUAGAGAAACAGAUGUUCCACAAAUUUUCAUAGAAUUAAUAAUUCUCCAUUUUGAGAAUGAUUAUUAAUCAUCUAGAUUCAUUAAAACAUUUGGAGGCUUCAUCUAAACAUGUGCCAGCAAUCAAUAAUACUAGUGAGUGAGUUAAUGUAAUUAACAUAUAAAUAUGAAAAUGUUUUUAUUAAAGGGAGAUGAGAUAUUCUGUAGAACAAUAAAUACAAAAGUAAAUAUGGAUAGUACAGUUUCUUAUGAUCUUCCCAUCAAGAAUGAAUUAAAAAUAUAAAAUACAUGAGGUCACAAAUUUUCAUAGAAUUAAUAAUUCUCCAUUUUGUGAAUGAUUGUUAAUCAUCUAGAUUGAUUACAACAUUUGGAGGCUUCAUCUGAACAUGUGCCAGCAAUCAAUAUAACUAGUGACAUAUAAAUAUGAAAAUAUAUUUUAUUAAGGGAGAUGAGAUAUGCUGUAGAACAAUAAAUACAAAAGUAAA